CCUCAUCGCAACCGACUGAGUCCAGCUAGAAUCAAGACUUCCCUCCACCGCAUCCUGGCCGUCAUCCGUACUGAGCACUCUUCUCUCCUAUAGAGUGAGGUCAACCACUACUCUGAUCUUCUCGUCCAGCUCGUCAUUUCUGGCUGGUGGUGUCUGCAUCUGGUCAAGAGCCUCCUUCUGCGGAAGGCACAGCGACCUGCCUAACCUCCCAUAGCCAGGCGGAAGAAUAGCAAUGGACAGGAAAGAGUUCCAGUUGCCAAUCCCACCUCCACCAUUGCAUACUCGAUCUACAGAUAUGGACCGUCCGGGAACGCCUUCGCAAGAGGCAUUCAUCAGCCCCCAUCAAACUCCUCAAGGUAGCCCAAGCAAGCAUCAGCAGCCGCCCGGUGCAUUCGACCUGCCACAUGUAUUUGAGAAUGCUAUGAAAUUGCUGCCGACUAUCGGGUCGCCGACCAGAUCAAAGCCCCAAACACCAACCUCUCCAGGCAAGGGGAACACUUACGGCGAGGAUGUAGACUACUCCGCAUCAGAUAUCACAGCAUUUGGUCCAAGCAGUCCCACCCGAAAAGCAAAUAAGGAAAACACGCCCCCUAGUGCUCGGCCGGGUCUACAGAAAGAACCUACCUACUUGACCCAUGCAGCACAGUCUCGACAGGAACCGUACCGUACGCGCGAGGCCGAGAGCCAGUCUACUCGCUAUAUCAACGGGCCACAACGUUUAUCUGCCGAAGAACUAGAAAAGGCACGGAAGCCUGCUGUGAAGCGUCUUGCUAAUGUGACGCAAUUGUACUUCCUCGAUUACUACUAUGACCUCCUGACCUACGUACACGCUCGCCAGAACCGCCUUUCGCAGUUCAAAGCCCAGAACCCUCCUCCUACAACCGCCAAUGCCGAGUAUGACGAGGCCCUCAGGCAAUACCUUGGCCGUGAACGAGCCAACCUUCGCAAGCGUCGUACUCGUCUGAGGCAAGGCGACUUCCAAAUACUUACACAGGUCGGACAAGGUGGCUACGGGCAGGUUUAUCUAGCCCAGAAAAAGGAUACCCGCGAGGUUUGCGCUCUAAAGGUCAUGAGCAAGAAGCUUUUGUUCAAGCUAGAUGAGAUUCGUCACGUCCUCACUGAGCGGGAUAUCUUGACAAGUGCAAAGAGCGAAUGGCUUACGCGAUUGCUUUACGCUUUCCAGGACGAGAAGAGCAUAUACCUUGCCAUGGAAUACGUGCCAGGAGGAGACUUCAGGACCUUGCUGAACAACACGGGUGUCUUGCACAAUCGUCAUGCUCGCUUCUAUAUCGCCGAGAUGUUCACCUGUGUAGAUGCACUUCACCAGUUGGGCUACAUUCACCGUGAUCUCAAGCCAGAGAAUUUCCUGAUAGAUAGUACUGGCCACGUCAAGUUGACAGACUUUGGACUCGCAGCGGGAAUGCUCGCACCUGCCAAGAUCGAGUCUAUGCGAAUCAAGCUCGAGUCAGUGGGAGAUGUCGUCUCUCCCUUUGGUCGCCCUAUGGAAGAGCGGACUGCAGCCGAGCGACGAGACAAUUACCGCUCUCUUCGAGAACGCGACGUGAAUUACGCGAAGUCUAUCGUUGGUAGCCCUGAUUACAUGGCGCCGGAAGUGUUGCAAGGAUCGGAAUACGACUUUACCGUUGAUUAUUGGAGUCUAGGCUGCAUGCUCUUCGAGGCCCUCGCCGGCUAUCCACCAUUCGCCGGAGCAACCGUGGAGGAAACUUGGCAAAAUCUCAAGGCAUGGAAAAAAGUGCUCCGCAAACCUGUCUAUGAGGACCCGUCUUAUUUUCUCUCCAAGCGCACCUGGGACCUCAUAAUCCGGCUUGUCGCAUCGAAGUCGAGUCGCUUCCGCGGCAUAUCUGAGAUCCACGCGCACCAGUACUUCGCUGAGGUUGACUGGAACAAGCUACGGGAGAAUAAGGCACCAUUUGUUCCAGAACUGGACAGCGAGACUGAUGCGGGCUACUUUGAUGAUUUCGGCAGCGAGGCAGAUAUGGCGAAGUACAAGGAGGUCCAUGACAAGCAAGCUGCUCUUGAGUCAAUGGCUGAUAGGGAUGACAAGAUGAGCAAGGGCCUGUUUGUCGGCUUCACAUUCCGACACAAGAAGACUGCCGACGAGAACGGCAAACCUUCCAGCCCCAGGAAGCCUCUGCCUGCUGUCGAGGAGAAUUUUGGCACCAUCUUCUAAGACCUUACAGCGGAAGGAUACAUUACGCGACACCGGCUGUCCUGUAUAUUUGCUUCUCCCCAGCUCUGCGGGCAUUCAUACCUUGAGUGCGUUGUCUAGCCUGUUCCUAGGUCUAUGCAUCUCACCGAACAGUCACUUGCAUCGUUGACCCACAUGCUAGAAAGGAGGGCCCCAUGAAUGAAGCACUCUAUUACCGCCCUACAUUCUGAGACCUGUCUUUCGAUACAAUAAUGAGGCGUUUUCUCUCUCUAUCUUUUUCUCUUUUUUCUCUUCAUGGUCUGCGUUAGUAUGUCAUAUGUCGCACGAGUAUGGUCUGUCUGUUCUCUUUUCCUUCGAAAGCUGAGGGUCACCCCUGGGGGAGGUGCCAACAUGAGAAUGAAGCCAAGUUGAAAUGUAAUAAUAGCAUCGAAUAAAUGAACGAGUGUCAUGACAGGAA